GCGCAACGCAGUAACCAGUAACCACUAACGGGCACGGCGACAAAUGAAAGCGUGACGUGAUCCGUAGCGCGCGUCGUACUAGUCACAUACGUCGCGGGGUAGCGGAUAAUGUCGCCGCGCGAGGAGACAGCCGUCGUCGUGGGCAGCCGUCUGUAAGAGCAUCAUCGCCGAUCGCCACGGUGCCACGGUGCCCGCCGCAUCGUUGUCCCGCGCGCAUCGACGCCGGAAGGGAAGAGGAUGGAGGCGGACUACCAGCCGACGCUAAGUCCGUCGCGGACGUUGACAGGAAUAGGCAACGACUGUGAAGAUCCAUAUCCCAGCCUGUCAGAUUAUCACGAUUAUGAACCUAAUCUGGAAUUUGAUGAUACAGAAUUACAAACUACUUCAAACAAUGCGGCGCGGCUUCUGGAAGAAAAAUUGGAUUUGGUGAGCGGCAGCAUGGGUGCCGGGAUGGAUUAUUUGGAGAGUCCAGUGAGCGAUGGCACUAUCGAGGAGAACUUUGAGGAAGCAUUGGUAGAUGCUCCAGUUAUCGAAUCUGCGGACGAUCCUGCUUUAGACGAAGAACUCGCUGACGAAGAGGAUUAUCUUGACAUCUCGAGGCACGGUAUCGUAGAGGUGGUCGGUGAUGAUAGUGCAGGUCGUAAAAUAAUUGUCGUGUCAGCUUGUAAAUUGCCUCCCAUUGGAAAAGAAACUUUUAAUCAUGCUAAACUCCUCAGGUAUCUUACGCAUACUUUGGAUAUGUUCGUGGAACAAGAUUAUAGUCUUGUCUACUUUCAUUAUGGCCUUACGUCGAAAAAUAAGCCACCCUUGUCUUGGUUGUGGCAAGCGUAUAAAGCGUUUGAUAGAAAAUAUAAGAAGAAUCUCAAAGCUCUUUACCUAGUACAUCCAACUAACUUCAUUAGAAUCGUGUGGCAGAUAUUUAAACCAGCAAUCAGUGCAAAGUUUGGACGAAAAAUGAUGUAUGUUAAUUACCUGGAGGAAUUGGCGCAAUAUAUUAACCUGGAUCAACUAAUUAUACCACCUCAAGUAAUAGAACAUAAUGAACAAUUGUUGAUGAAAAAUAAGAAAAAUUUGCCAACGAGUCCGCCGCAAAGCGCGGUAGUUACGCCAGUUGGCACGACUCAAUUCGGUGCUAGUCUGCAGUUUAUAAAGGAAAAUAAUAAUGGCGAUCCGAUUCCACCAAUUCUAAGGCAAUGCGUAGAAUUUCUCGAUACACCGGACGCUCUAGAAACGGAAGGAAUAUUCAGAAGAUCGGCCAACGUGGCAGUAAUCAAAGAACUUCAGAAUCGCUGUAACCAAGGUUUACCUAUUGAUUUUCAAGGGGAUCCGCAUAUCGCCGCGGUAUUACUUAAAACCUUUCUUCGUGAACUAGACGAACCUCUCAUGACCUACGAACUAUACGACGAAAUCACGCAAUUUCAAACAUUGUUGAAAGACGAACGUCCGCGUAAAGUUAAGAUAUUAAUAUUGGAGAAACUCCCCGAGGACAACUAUCAAGUUCUUAAGUACGUCGUACAAUUUUUAUCGAGGGUAAUGGACCGAUGCGACCUGAACAAGAUGACUUCUAGUAAUCUCGCGGUUGUAUUUGGACCGAAUCUAGUUAGAGCACCGCCAGCACGUGGAAUGUCCCUCUCGGCAAUAGGACCCAUCAAUCAAUUCAUAGACUUUUUAUUCACUUAUCAAGAUAAGAUAUUUAUUAUUUAAAAGCGACAAAGCACCGAAGGCCUAAUUGUAAUAUUCAAUUAUAUCACACGUCCGCAUUUUCAUUUUCCGAAAUAUUUUUGUAUUCUACAUGAUAGAGGAAGAGAGAGAUGGAUAGAGAAGAAAACACUCAACUGUUCGUUUACACGUGAUUUUGCACAAGAUUUUUUAAUACUAAUAGGUAUAAUUUUCGGACAAAAAAGAGUAAAACGUUCGAAAAGAUACCGGCUGUGCGAUGUUGGAACGCCAGCUCCAAGAAACAUGUCCGUGUAUAUUUAGAGAAAAAUUACGACCAAAUACCAAAGAUACAUGAGAACGUCACACAGUGAGUAUAAUAUGUAAGAUUAUCUAGAAAUAAUGUUCAUCUAUUUAAUAAUGUUUAGAAAAUAAUAUAUUCGAGGAUGAAAGAAGAUAUCGAACGGGAUGCCUCCGUUGUCGCAAAAUCACAAACCGCAAUCUGUCUAGAGUUUUGUUUAGAUUAUUUCUCUAAUAUUUAUAGUAAAACUUUUAAACAACGAAUUAAUUUUUUUUUAAUAAGUUACGUGUAUUAUUUUAUGUAUAAUUUUUAAGAUUUUAGUUAUUUUUGUUUUGUUAUUUUCUAUUAUCAAUUAAAGAAUUUAAAUUAAAUUAAUAAUUGUUGAAUGGAUUCUAAUUUUUGUUUUGAUGAAUUCACAUUUGUAUAACAAUCAUGUUUAGUCAUUUUUUAUUAGUUUAUUUUUAUUUUUAAAUGAGAAUUAUCAAAAUUAUUUAAAAUCAUGCUAUAUUAAUUAGAGGUCUUGUGAAACCAAAUUUUUUCCAGAACAUUUUGAUGCAUAUUCUAAAUCUAAAGCAGAAAAAACUAUAAGUAACAAAUUUUUUUUUAUCAUUAGGCAUCUUUGCAACUCUUGCAGGGUUUGUAUAUACAUAUUGGAAAAAAUAAUAAUUCAAUAAUAAUUGUGGUCUAACGAAUGUAGUAUAUGUGAUACUGUAUUUAAGUAAACUCGAAAAGAGACAAGAUAUAUGUAACAAAAAAGAUUUAUAUAUAUAAUAUAGAGAAAUAUUACGUUAAUUUUAGAUAAUAAAAAUAAGUAUAUUCAUUCGUUUUAUAUAAGUAACAGAACACUUUGAUAAUUCAGACAAAAAUUAAAUUGUAUUUUCUACUUCAAACAGGUUUAUCUUGUAGCUUUCGUGACAUUCUCUCUCUCUCUGUUUUGUACAACCAUAAUUACACAAUAAUUUAUGUUCAUAGGAUUAAUGUAAUGUUUUAAAAAUUGUGCGUUAGUGCGAGUAAGUGAUUAGUGUGAUAUUAGUAUAUUCACCAUGCACUCCACAUAAAUUUUAGUGAUUGCACAAUAUUGUUUUUUAAUCAUGAUCUAAAAAAAGUUCGUCUGAUUAGUUUCUGACUUUAGUUUCAUAACAAGAAUUAAAAGAAAUGAGAGAGAGAAACUUGGCAUGAAUGCUAGGUACUGUACAGUCUAACGACUUGCGUGAGUUUAUCCGUCGUCUAGGAAUAAAGAUAAGAGAUUUAGCGAUUUUUUGCGGAGUAAACCGCAGAUUUGUAUAUCCCUUUAAAUAGUCCUGCCAUUAUGGGUAACUGGGAUAAAGUAUGGGCUUGGCAGCCUAAAACUUGCUCUCUAUCAUCAAAAGAAAGACUAACCCAGACCUGUAUAGAACUGAUGUGACUCGAUUACAUUCCUCGUUGUUGUCAAUAGAACGUGUAAUAAAGCAUGUUAAUUUAUAA